UCGAGUGAAUUUUUAUAUUAAUGAGAUGCAUAUGUGUAGUGCUCACGCCACAUUGAAAUGUCAAAACCUGUUUUUCGCAAACUGAAGUUAAAACAAAGUAUAUUGAUUUUUUUUUAUUAAGCAUACAUUCAAUUAAGAGUAAACGCGUAGACGCAGCCCACCGUGACGUGUCCAUCUGUUCAUAGCAUUGAAAUGAUCGCCGUCGUAAUAGAAAUUUCAUGCUUCAUUGAUCUUGUGUAUUGACUGACCAGGUGACCGGUUUUGAGCUGCCGAAGAAUAAAUCCAAACCGCACAUUUCAUUGAUGCUUUUACAAUACAGAAUGCCAGUUUACUUUUACAGUUUAACAAUUAAUUACCAUUUCAUCGAUAUAAAAAAAAUUCCCAAUACUAUAUUUGACAUAUUUGUUAUGGUGAAAAUGUAGGAUGACUGAAUACACAAACCAUUUAAAUUGAUUAAGAGGUGAAACGUAAUUAACUAUUUACUCAUUAAUCACAGACAACAAUAUUAUAUAGUAGUAGACCAAGAUACAUGUAUGUAUGAUCAUAUUUGUUUCAAAGCUUUAUCAAUAACAUAUAUGUAAUAGUCUAGAAUGCUACUUAAUAAUUUCUACCGUUUUGAAUGUAAAUUGUAUGCUUUACAUGUUUUUAUAUCUUAUGUUUAUUAUUUAAAAUCGAGCUCUACUUAAUUUGUUUUAAAUACUACAACUUAAUUGUCAAUAUUCCAAAAUCAAUUUAAAAGAUAAAACUUGACCUUUACAUGUUUACUUUUUAAAGGGCUUUUAAUAAUUGUAUUAUUGACCACUGAAUGCGUAAACUCAUUAGAAAUAUAUUCAGAAUCUAAUGAUGCAUAUUUAAGGAAAUUCCUGUAAAUCAUCAAGAGCCAAUGUAUAGGGCUUAUUUUGUAUAUAUAUAAUGCAUAUAUUCAAUUAUUGUAUAGUUGAUAAUGGUGACCUAUACUAUCAUGACUAUAUAUAUUUAACAUGAUUGACCAGGGUCUAAAAUCAUGUUGACAUUAUCACUGACAAGAAUAAACUGUAAUUUGUUGUAAUACCUGAUUAUGUCUUAAUUUUGGACAGUUUUCAUUUUUGCCCUUUUGUAAGAGCAUGACGAUUAGUGAGAAGUAGGACAGUGUAAUCAAUAGUAGGAAUGACUGCAGCUGGCACGUAAAUGACCACUGCCUGAAGCGACACCAACGAUGACCAUCACUCUUAAUCCCACAAAAGUUACCUCAGUGCGAACUCCCAAACUUUGACAGGGACGGGAGUCUCUUAGUCUACAUUAUUUCACGCUUUGGUAAUGAUUGUGCAGUACUGUGCAAAUGUGCAUUCAUUCAGAAGGUACCGUAAUUGUCAGUGCUGCAGUUGUAAUUAGGUUGUUUUGAAGUAAUAGGUGAUGCACAGACGAACCAUUACAAUUGGUGUAUUUACCUAUUCAGGUGUUCAGGCCAUAUUGUCACCUUCCUUAUCUGAUGUUAAAUGUUGAUCUGCACUGUCCCGUGUUUGACAACAUUCACUUUGUAGUCAUCAUACAUGGAGCAGUUGCUAUGCAGCGAAGUAUUUUGUUCUGCGUUUUUUAAUAACUUGGUCAGUGUGCAUCUGUUCAACCUUUACAGUUCUUUAAUACAGAUCUGAAAUUUCACUGAUAAUCAGAAUUGUACUGAAUGAACUAAUAUAAUGCCAAGAUAUGCAUUGUAAUUUAUUUAGGAAAUUAUUGGUUUGUGUUGUGUUAUUUGCUUGUCUGUUUUUCUGUCAGUAGAAAUGGGUUGUGUCAUAUUAAAGAAUUUUUAUGUAAUGAAGAAGGUAAAAAAAAAAUUCCCAUAUCUUAGUUUUGAUACUAGCACAUUCAACAGCAGGAUAAUAGACAGUAUUGAGGUGCUGUGUUCACACAGCUAAUGUGUAUACUGCAGUAGAACUGUUAAAUUCUUCCCAUUCUUGUUCUAAUUAGCCCUGAUGUGAAGUGAUGUUAACAGCCACACAGGGAAUUGUAGAGAACUCUCUCUUCUCAAUGUGUUAUAGGUACAGCCUUGGUGUGUUAUCACAGAGGACAAAAACUUAAAGAGUCUGAAUCACCUGAAAUCUAGAGUUUUAUUUAUAAUAGAAAUCAGUCAUAAACAGUAUACUAUGAAUCAUUAAUGAAAUGACAUGUUCAGUCAAGGAAAUUUUACUGCGUGUUAAAAAACCCUGUACUCCUUUAAGGUUUAUUAGAUGUUAUCACUGUGUUAGUGAUGUGAUAUUACUGUCAAUGUUUACGCAUUCUCUUUGAGGUCUAUAGUCAACAUAUGGUGUAGUAAUCCCUGGUAUGAUUUGCCUUAGCCAUAUUGGUAUGAAGAUCAGUAUUUGGUUUUUGCAUUAUUAAACAAAUGACAUGCCUCUGAAUAAGCACAUAUCGACAUUCAGUUGAUGGGAGCUCUUUGAUAAGGUACGAUUAUUUUGAGUUGAUUGCUUUGUAUGGUGUGAUUCUUGUCAUGAUCGGAGUGUGUUUGCUGUCAUUUAACAAAUGGAAGGUUAGGGGAAUGUUAGAUCAUAAGGUUGACUUUUAAUAUUCCACUACUCAAAAAUGAUUCUAUAAAUCAUAAAGUUACAGGAUUGCUCACACAGUCUGUUUCAGUAUCUGGUUAUGGAAUAUUAUUUUUGAUAAUUGACAUGGCCAUCACCGUUCCUCCAUCAGAAAUGAAAUGUGAAUCCUUGCAUUUCGCUCUCUUUAUCUUGCACUACAAUCUCCUAUGGCUUACAAUGAAGGCACUCUAGCUGACACUAAAGAAAUCAAGACAUGCAGGAAAGGCAUAAUUUUCAUUGAAUUAAUGAAUUCAGGCCGUAGCUCAAUCUCCGGAUCAAAAUGAGACAACUAUUUUUCCAUCCAAAAAAAAAAAAAAAUCAACCCAAAAUAAGAUAUCUAAUCAUUGUCGGCUUGUAGAUGUAUAUCAAUGUUCGCCAUGGGUGUUAUCUGUGAUGAUAAUUGGUCCAAUUACUGAUUAAAUCAAGUUACCUUUACAUCCAAACCAAAAGUGUUCAAAGACCAAAAUUCAACAACUGGGUGGCAUCAAGGGAAAGGAUCUGCAGAUAUAAUUGAAAAAAUUUGACAGGCACGCUUGCUUCCGGUUUUAGUAAUGCAUUUUUGGUUGGUUGAGCACCGAGAAAAUUUCAUUAUCCUGUUAACCAGUAUCUGUAGUUAAUUCACGACUGCAACACCGAAUCUGGUUUUUGGCUUGUUAUAUUUCAGAUCUGAGGUUAUAAUCAGAUAUAUGUUUGGUUUUUGAUGUGAAAUUGCAACACCCCUUUAGAAUGAGAUCUUUGUAAGUGAUACAUGUAGGAGUUUAAACCCCCACAUACCUACAUGAGAUCAGGACAUAUUAAAAUGUUAAAUUGAUCGGGAAUUACAGCAGCUAAAACGACGUUCAGAAGAACGGAAUUCUGAGUGUCCUGGCACGAGAGACGGACACUUGUUAUUUGAAGAGAUCAAGGUUUACAUAUCUGCUGGAUGUUUAUCUUGGGCACCAUUCCCACCCAUGGAAUUUUUCUUUUUACAAAGUCAAUAUGGUCUAAUGAAGGCAUAAAUUUAUAUAUAGCAUGUGGAGUCUAUUGUAUGUAUACUACAUGCCAGUUCUGAAUUUGAAGGAUGACAUAUCAUAUCUUUUGUUUUUGAAAUGGAUGGAUUAAGGAAGUUAUAUAAAACAUAUGCUUCAUGUAGUAAGGAGUUUACAUGUGGUAUAUAAUUCUACGUACAUAGAUCUCGAGGUGAUGGAGGCGUGAAAUUUGACAAUUUAGACUGCUGACAAUUUGUAACUUAAGGUGAUCUUAGAGAAAGGAUAUGACUGAAAAAGACACAAUUAUUGUGUGAUGGUGUUGUAAAUGAAAUGUUAUCGACACUCUGAAGAGAUUUGAGUAGCUGAGGAAGUUUCUUGCAGCUGAUUAGCUUUUUGUGGCUUGAUGAAUAAUGAAGGCUGGACAAUGCUUGGUGGUGUUAAUUGGAGGUUUAACUCUGUGUGUUUACUUGGUGAGUGGGGAAGGAUGCACCAUUGAUUAUUUGGUGGUUGGCAGAUGCAAAGAAUCAAUGUUAACCUCUGACACUGGACUGAAGUCAAACUUGGUGAACUAGACAGGUUUAUCUGUGUAAGACUCUCAGUGGACUCCCUGCAUGGAAUAUUAUGAAAUAUGUACAGAAUCAUUUGUAAUUUUAACAGUGAAUCAAACUGACAAGAGUAGACAUAUCUAGAAAAUUGGAAGAUUUUGUGGGAUUUCUCUUGUGGACAAAUAAAAGACUAAAGCAUGCAUCAAUUCUUGUAACUAUGGAAUCUGUAAUUCUUGUUUGGAUUAGGUUUUAUUUUUAUACACGGCUAAAUCUGAUUUGAAUAUUAUGUAACUCGGAAUUGCGGAGGGGACUCUCCUAGAAGGAGCUGUCAUUGGUUCUGACAAGAUUCAGGAUGUAUUAUAAAAGACUGCAUCCAGUGCCAGGAACUGUUGAUUGUGUGUGUUUAUCUGGCUGAGGACCAGAAGGACAUUAGAGUUGUGGAAAACUCUGUAUCAUAUUUAUUCCUCUCCUAACUUUGUAACCGAGUCAUUGAGUGACUGUACAGUAUCUUGGAUAGAAUUUCCAAAUGCAGUGAAGCAGCAGCUUCUGAUAUUGUGUGAACUUGUGCCUACUGGAUUAUUUAAAAUGUAUAGCUUCAACGUGCACAAUGUUCCAAUGUUUGCACCAAAAAUGGAUUUACAGGGGAACUACCUUCCAUGUCACUGUCACCGACGACAACGCCACUACUGCCGGCCAAAUGGCAUGUUUUCCCGCUAUAGGACGGAGGGGUGGGUAUAACUGUGUUAUGGCAGACAGGGUUUGCUCUUGUUUUGUGCAGAAUAUCUGUUUAUUUCCUUAUGAAGCAACCAGGUAUCAUCGUUGGUAGUCUUAUAGCUUUAUGUUUUUUCCUGUAGUUUGAAUUUUGGUAUUUCAUUGUAAUAUUAAAACUACGGUAAAUUGUAACCUACCCUUAACAUAUUUAGAAUGGACAUCAAUUUUGAUUUCAACAAGAAACUGCAAAAAUAACCAGGAGUGAGUUGAAAAAUUCAUUUAGUAUUUUUUUUUUUUUUAAUGUUACUAUAGUGAUAUAUGGGUGAUGUGAUGAUGUAACCAUGAUUGAGGGGGAAGGGAAUGUCUGUAACUUCUCAGGGACAUGGGUCUAGUUUGGAAUGUUAGGUAUCGCUGUUACAGUAGUUAUUGGAUGGAGUGAUUUAUCAGGCUUACAUUUUCAACAAUAUGAGGAAUACUGUUGAAUUAUGUAAAAGGUUUUAAAGUUUCCUAAUCACAAUGCUAAAUUCUAAUACCAUACAUUUUAUAUUAGGCUUGAAUCUGAUAUUAUAUGGGUCAUAUUUCAUAGCCCUACUCCAUUAUAAAUCAAUAGGAUUGUCUGCUUUUGCCACUUGCAAUCAUGUCUGUUUGGCUUCUAUUUGCAAUCUGAUAAUCAAGUGCCUUUCCUUUCUUGGACUAACCCCAUUAACAGAUCUAUGUUCCAAGAAAUAAAUCAAGAAAUAAUGCAAAUGUGUAGGAAAUCUUUCACAAAAGCCUGUUAAAUAUUCUUGGAAUGGUCGAUUAUAAAUGUACUUUCCAUCUAUUGCCUCAACUGAUAGACGCCAGUUGAUGGUGAAUUUCAUGUACAGGUGUAAUUUGUUAAAGAUCAUAUUUGCAGCAUGACUCAAACGUCAUGGAUGCUCUAUUUCAAAGUAUUUCAACUAAAUCUUUAGUACCCAAAAUAAGUGGAAGAAAUCCAGCAAAAUGGGGAAACUCAGUGGCUACUUCCAUGAAAUCUAACCGUUUGCAAUCUGAGAUGCUGACAUUUCUAGGUCCAUAGAGAGUGACCCAGUUAUCAAAAGACAAUUCGCAUUCAACAUGAAUUUGUAGGCUUUGUUUCCUUCUGGUUUCCCUCCUGUUGACUUUUAAUUUCCAGGUAAUUAUGUUGAACAUGGCAGGGAAUAUUUGGAGUAAAGGUUUAAGGUGUUGUUUGAAUCAACAUUGGUGUGUGUACUCUGACUGGCAUGUUUGAUAUGUCCUGGCUUUUGCCUGCAUACAUGGGUCUUCUUGGAUUUGGACAUUUUAUCAGAAAUGUCCAGUGUUUUUAGAGUUGGACCUACAAGUCUCCAUUUAGAAAUUUAUAGUCAUGUUUAAGGGCACUUGUUACAAACAAAUUGGACUUCUCUGUCUUCAAAUAUUUGUGUACAAAAUAUCAUGAAUAAAUGUACAAAACAUGUAAACAUAUUACAAAUUCCGAAUGAAGUCAAGUUGAUCAAAUUAUCAGUCUUUAAUGGGUAUUGUUUUCAGAGCUUUCCCGUACAGAGACACUCUGUAAUCACUUGAACUUUUUUCAUUGAUUAAAAAAUUGCUCUAAAUGCAUUAUGCUGAUAGAUAAAUAUCAAUGAAUACUCUACCGUACAGAAAUGUUUAAACAUGCUGGAAUUCUGUCCAAAAACUGUAAAAAAUGAAAAUUUUAAACUCUUCAAAAGGAGGUAGAAAAAUUUGUUUGUAGCAAGUGUCUGUAAGUGUCAGUGUUGGUUCUCUGUUUUAAUCUUGUAAUGUGUUGGUGUAUGUAGUUAUUGAUGAGGUCUAUAACCAUCUGUUGUAAGAACAGAGAUGUUCUCAGUGGAGUGUAAUAGUCUGUUAAUAUGUUGCUUUCUCCCACAGAACUGGUAUUCUAUGGGAUACAGACACAGCUUUGAUCAUGGGAUGUAGCGGUUCUUUUGUAGUAUUGGGACAAUGCUGGGUGAAAUUUGAGACCAUUACAUGAAAUGAUAUUGGACAUUUAAUGUAAUUAAAGAGCUGUAGGGUUAAUGUACAGGGUUUACUAUCUUUCUAUUAAUUUAGAAAAAAAAAACCCAGAUGGAUUCAAGUUGCUAAGUUGGGUUGGGUGGGAGAAUUCUCUGAAUAUCGAAUUUAGAUUAUCAAUUGCGUGAAGUCUGAUGAACCAUCAGCAUCAAUAUCAUUGGUUUUGUUUCCAUUUGGUUUUGAUUUAUUUUUUAGUGUACAUAUUCUGCUCUUUAUAUGUCAGGGAUUUUGGUUCCGGGCUGGUGUAAUAUUGUCGCAACAAUUCCAUAAGAACAGCAAAUUAUUAGAGUCAAAACUUGCCAAUAACUGCACAGGUUCUUUUGAAUAUAGUGUGUGUCCUCUGUUUGGCUCAUGAAACAACCUGUUUGUAGGGUUACUUUGUAUGGAGUACAGUCAUUAGUAAUUCUAAACACCUUUUGAAGGGGGGAUUUCAAUAGCCACUCUAGAUGCACUGCAUUCUUUGGCAGUUUGGAGUUCUUAAGAGGGCUGGAAAGAGAUUGAUUAUAAAGCAGGAGGCUAUCAAAUGACACAACAAGCAAUUGAUAUUGUUAUGUCAGAAGCACUUUUUGUGCAGCCUGUAUAUUUGUUUUAAUCUUGAUUGUAAGAAUUCGAUGACUCAUGGUCAAAAAAUAUUUAUAGCCUCUGACAAGAUAUAUACCAUUUUAAGUAAAAGUCACACAGAGACUUUGAUUCAUCAUAAAAGUUGUAAAAUUCUCAGAAAAAUGAUCGAGGACCCAGAGAGAGAGAGACAGAAAUGGGAAGACAAUGGCACAGGAAAGGGGAUAAUUAAUUAUAUACAGUGAGGUCACAAUGAUUGAAUGACGGUGAUAAAAUAUGCUACACAUGCAUUGGUUAUGAUUGUCAUUGACAAAUGGUGAUAGACUACACUGAGAUAGCCAGAUGUUUGUUCUUCAGACGGUCACUGUCACAUAGGAAUUAUCCAGGAGGGGCUUGUGUGUAUCUGUAACAGGACCAGACUGUUGAAAUAUUGAUUCAGUUUCCAGUAGGUGGAGAAAAAUGUAUGAUUUUUAUUUAACCUGAUAUCGACAGGUGUCUUAGAUUACAAGGAUGAAACUCGACUUUGUGUAUGAAAUGUUAAACACAAGGAUUUAAUAAUGAUUUUCCGAUUGGUAACAAGGUUGUUCAUGCUGAGUGGUAAAAAGGAAAGUAAAAGUUGGCGGUCGGCCAGGGACUUCCUGAGGUGAAGUGUGUACUGUUUCCCACUGUGAAAUAUGUGACGAUAUCCUGGCUGCAUGGAGAUGGAGCUGGAGAGAGUCUAUCAGCCGUACUACAAUAGGAUUUACGGAUGGGAAUGGGUGGAGAUUAUCGAGCCCCGCAGCAAGGAACAUAUGUAUGCCAACUUAACCACAGGAGAAUGUGUGUGGGACCCUCCCCCAGGGGUCAAAAUAAAGAAGACAGACAACAACCAGUGGUGGGAGCUGUUCGACCCCAACACAUCCCGCUUCUACUACUACAAUGCCACCAGUCAGAAAACUGUCUGGCACCGCCCUCAGAACUGUGAUAUUAUCCCCCUCGCCAAGCUACAGGAAAGAAUAUAUAAGGAGAUGUUUGAGCAGACCCUGAAACAAAACACUGAAGUUAGGGAUGGUAGUGAAGGCUCUGCAAAGCGAGAAAUUUCCACCCAGACACCCCUACCCCAAACGCGGAGGGACCAUACGAAACAUGUGAGAACAGGUUCACUGAAAUCGACGCACACUACCCAGACCAGCCCCAGUGUCCCCAGGAAACACCGCUUCAACAGACAGGAUUCGGCCUCCUCUCAAAGUAGUUCUAGUCACCAUGAGAGUUUCCGUGAGCGUAAUGGAGACCGUGUCCGUCGCCGUAGCAGCCAGUCAUCGCAGUCCACACAGGCUGGGUAUUCCUCCUCUAGUCCCCCAGUGUCUGCUGUGAUCCGCCGCGACACAUCCCUUGAAAUGGCGCCUCGUGUAACUGACUCGCCACGGUUACAGAAGACACAUUCUGUGCAAAGGGCACCCACAGAAAACGUAAGUGGACCUGCUAGUCGGUCAAACAGUUACAGAUUCACAGACUAUAGGGCUAGAGAUGAUUCUUUUGUGUCACAUGACCUAUCUCCAUAUCACCCAGCCAGGCGGCAAGCAAGUUUCUCAUCAGACAGAGAGUAUGCUAGUCGAUCGGACUCGUACGGAUCGACUUCGAGCCGCCAGGACAUGUUUACACCACCACUAGUAUACAGCAGUGGUAGCCAGGAUGUGUAUAGUUCUGAUAUUAACGAGCGAAUAUAUAGUCCGAAUUUAUCGUCUGGACCAGACCACGAGUGUAUUCCAUUUAGUCAGGACAUUGCCCAUCAGCAGGGAAGUGUGAGUCCCUCGAUGAUGUCACAAAAACCAAGAUCUUUUCCGCGAACCAAUCCAGCUUAUGUUGGAGUACCUAAGAGAAAUGGCAGUACAGCGUACAAGAGGCUCAAUGUAGAACAGCAGGCUGUGAACUAUGACCCCACAUAUUCUGAACCUAAAUCGUAUUCUGCUGCUGGUUUGCAAGUGGCGCCAAAGGACUACACAGAAAAUUACUAUUAUCCGCAUGAGCGAUCUGACAGCGAUACCUCGCAUUCCUCAAUACGAGCCGUCCGUCAUGACCGCACCGACAGUCAGGCUUCACACUCAUCGAGGAAUCGUGAAUCAGACUCUCAUUCUUCCCAAGGUUCUUUUAAACAGCACUCUGCUGAUAUCCACACAUCCAACAGUUCAUUACGCAUGCAAUCCAUGAAGGUCGAUCCAUCUGUGUCGUAUCAUGAGAGCGUGUCAUCGAGAGGGUCCGAGCGAAGCUUGCAAGACUUGAGAGACAUUGUGCAAGAGAGACCCGGUAGUCGGAUAUCACAGCCAUCGGUGAACAGUCAAUUACAGGAGCCAGUGUCCGAUGACUCGGAACCAGAUUAUGCAAAUGUGCCUCCCUCUAAAAAUUAUUCCCCAUGUCAUUCAGACACUCAUAUAUAUCGAGAGGUGCUGAAGGAUAGACAGAACAUUCCGGAUUUUCCGGAAAUGAAGAAUGGAGAAUCUCCCGCUGUAAUGAGGCAGCACAUGGACCAACACAUAAAUAGAGGUUACCGGUCAUUGCCGGUCAUUGAGAACUCUCACUUCCCACCCGAAGUUGAGCUCAACCAGAGUUUUGACGAAGAUGAGAUCAACAGUAAUUUCUUCACGGCACAGCUACACGAACGAAUCCUUAACGAGUCAUCGUAUGAAUCCCACCAUGCUUCACUCAAAAGGAAGAAGCCCGAGAAAAAUGACUCUGUUAUCGGGAGUCCUGUGAUCGAGAAAAGCCACUCCAUGACUGCUGAUAUCCUACAACAGCGUCCAGCGUCCAUGGUAGUGCCCACUCAGUCGGAGGCCAAUGUCUCACUCAGCCCAAGCAUAGGCUCGCUAAACAGACAGGUAAAGAAUCGAGCUGGUACAGCACCCCCUAUACGGUCUGCAAGUCCACUGUCACAGAAACAAAAGCUUCCAUCAGACUCUGACAUCGAGAACUACAUGAAUCGGCACAAGAAGGGGCUGUUUGGAAAAAAGAUUUCAUUUGAACACAUGCUCAUCUGGUCUAAGGACCCCAUACAGAAACCCAUCUUGAGAACAGAGGACAAGGCAGUGAAAAAAGAAGCAUGUGAAGUCUUUAAAUUGAUCCAAAUCUACAUGGGUGACCGUAAGGCGCGACUGACCCAGAUGCAGGCCGCCCAGGAGAUCAUUAGUAAGGGGUGGAGUAUCGUAAAUCUCAGGGACGAAAUCUACAUGCAGCUCUGUAAACAGACCACAGAGAACAGGAAAGGGGACAGUCUGCAGAAGGGCUGGGAAAUGAUUGCUAUCUGUCUCUACUUCUUCCCUCCCUCAACCAAAUUCAGUGGUUACCUGGAGGGUAUCAUCGCCAAACACCUGGACGAGUCCAAUAACAUUAUACCAACCGAGACACCAUUAAAUCAUUUUGCUGUGCAGUGCCAGAAGCGCUUAGAAAAAAUAAUGGCCAGUGGUCCCAAGAAAGGACAACGUAAACCAAACCUUGAUGAAAUUGAACAAGCCAAAAAAUCCGUCUUCUCGCCUUCCAUGUUCGGUAGUUCUCUCGAUGACAUUAUGCUCUUACAAAAGGACAGAUUUCCUGAUCGUAAGUUACCAUGGAUACAGACAACUCUAUCCGAGGAAGUUUUGCGAUACAAUGGAGCACAAACAGAGGGAAUAUUUAGAGUUCCCGGUGAUAUUGACGAGGUGAAUGUCCUCAAGUUGAAAUGUGACCAGUGGUCCCUCCCCUCAGACUGUGUCGACCCCCACAUCCCUGCCUCCCUCCUCAAACUCUGGUACAGGGAGUUAUACGAACCCCUUAUUCCCGCCGAAUUCUAUGAUCUGUGCAUACUGAAUUACCAAAACCCAGAGGCAGCCAUUGAUGUUGUCAGUAAACUUCCUGAUAUCAACAGACUGGUCCUCGCCUAUCUAAUCCGAUUCCUUCAGGUUUUUGCUGCUGAGGAGAAUUCCAAAACAACCAAGAUGGAUGUGAACAAUUUGGCCAUGGUGAUGGCCCCGAACUGUUUACGCUGUGAAUGCAUCGACCCGCACACAAUAUUCGAGAACACGCGGAAAGAAAUGGGAUUUAUACGGACUCUUAUUCAGAAUCUGGACACAAGCUUCAUGGAAGGGAUUGUAUGAUGGAAGGCCAUUCUAUAGAAUCUACUUAAUUAUUCUAUAAUUAAAUAAUAUAUUAAAUUGUACAUAUGUAAAUUGUAUAAAUGUAAUCACACAGUUUUUUGUGUAGAAAUGUACAUGCGCAUGUAAGAUGUGUUGGAUAAAUGAGAUUUUUACUGCUGAUAGAGAACUAACCUCUGUUCGUGUGACACACCUCCACAAAUAGCACCUUGCAGAUAACUUCAAUUCUUAUUAUGCAUAGAGAAACAUGGUGUUUAAUUUCACUAUAGAAAGAUUCUGUCUGAAUGAUAAGAUAGAAUGUCCAAACGUGACAGUAAUAUACUUGUGUAAAGCUUUGAAUUGCUGUAUCAAAUUUUUGCCAACCCUAUUAUUUUGAUAAUUAAUUUAGCAGUUUUGCCCCAACUCAUCUAUUUUGACAUUCGGAAGAAGGGUGUGUUUAUUUUUUAAGGUAUCGUGCCAAAUUUCUGUAUCAUGAUACAAAUGUUCUUCUGAUUCCUUUCCUGUCGAGAUAUCAAAGAUCGUCUAUGAUUAUUUCUGAAAUGUGCAAUAGUUUGUUUAACGACUUGUUUGUGUCGUGACAGCUCCUAGAAUUCUGAGUUCACGAACCAGUGUGUGUGGGUAUGUGUGAACAUGCAUGUGUGCGUGCCUGUAUAUUCUGUAAAUAAAAUUGAGCUGUAAAUAUUUUGCUUGAAUGAGAUGUAAUAUAGACCUACAUGCUGAGUACGAUCUGUUGUGUAUUUCUGUCUGUGUACAUUUGUUAUCAAUCACAUUGGAUACAAUAUAUGGAGAUACUGCAUUCCAACAAUUAUCGUUAUUAGCUGUGUAUGUUUUAACUGUCAUCAGGGUGGUGUCGUGAACCAUUGUUCAUUUUGAUGGAGGAAAUGCGAGUUUUUUUUAUCAGGAAUCUGUAAAGUCGGUAGUGAAAUGCUAGACCUCUCACCUCACUCUCUACAUACCUAUCAAGACUGACAGCGGAAAUAAAGAAUUUGUGAAUUUGAUCAUCCAUUUUUUAUCAUCAAGUUGAAGUCUUGGUGUUUGAAAGUGAAUUCUUGGUUAUUUUGUAUAUUGAUAUCAUGUUUGUAAAUCAUGAAUAUGAGCAGGCCCCUGAUGAACACUUACAGCAUAUUAAAACUUUGAAUAAUGUUUACAAAUGAGAAAAAAUGUGAUCAAAGUGAUGAGCAAACAAGGAUCGUGAGAAGCUGAAAACCUUGCAGAUCUGUUUUUUACUGUGUCUAUGUGAGUGUGGUUUUAUUCUGGAAGCUGUGCUUUAGUGUUCUGGAGUUCUGAACGAAGUGGCCUCUGUUUGUAUGUGCAAUAUAAAGUGUAAUUAUAAAUUGCUGUUUUAUUUACUGCAGGGAUAUCAAUGAUUUGAUUUUUUUAUCUAUAUGAACUGGAGAUUUUUUCACUUGAUUUAUUUAUAUAUUUUUUUUUGCAAUGUUCAUAAAGAUUGUUUAAGAUAAGGUGCUCAUUAUAACAGGAAAUAGUUUGUUCAAGGGACAUAAUUCAUGAAGAUAAAUAUGAUAUACUGCCACUGAAAAAUAGACCCGAGUAACCUCAAUAUGGAGGUGUCUGGUAAAAGAUCUGAAUACAAUAAGGUGCUUUUGAAAUAUUUAUACGGGUUAUUCAGACUUGUGUUGUCCUUGGAUAUUUUCUCAAUUAAACUUAUGAAGGGAAAUACACUACACAUACCCGGUAUAUCAAAUUAUUUGCAAUGCAGUAUCAGAAAAUUUCAAUGUUUUUAAGUGAAAAAUAUUUAGCUUACUUCAGAGAAAAUGCUGAUUGACUUUGCUGAAUAAACAAUUAUUGUGUCUUCUGCAUGCUUAAUUUACAAGUAUUUAGAAGAGAAAAAAGUAAACUUAAUUACCAUUUGUUUAUUAUUUUAGACUGUUGUGUGAAGAUUCAAAAAAAUGAAACUCAUUGUGUUUAUUUGUUUUAAAUUAAUUAAGAAUUAUGUCAUGUACAUCUCAACCAAUUAACUGCUGUUUAUGCCAUUGUGUAUAAACUGUUUGUGUGUGUGUGAGAUGACAACAAGCACGUGCUAUAGACUUACUCAACAGUUCAUGCAAUCUUUACAGUUCAUUUUUUGGAAAUGUGUAAUUACCCAGAGGUUUGGGAAUUUACUUCCUGAAGUCAUUGAGUGUCAUAUAAUGUAUGUAUGUGUCAGAACUGUUAAUCAUGAAAUUGGAAGCUUUAUUUAUGAAAUUUAUUAAGUAUUAAAAGCAUACAAAAAUAGA